AUGGAUGGCUAUAGGUCAUCGGUUGUGACGUUUACGAAGGGUCAACCCCUCGUUGGAGUUCUUGGCCUCUAUUUUACACAUCAUAUGCUUGUGUGGAUAGCUGCUGAGAGGGUGUAUGGCACGACGAAGCUUUGCGACUAUGCCAUUCUUGGCGACGGUGAUCGCCGACGAGAAGGUGCAUGA